AUGCCCAACCCACGGGCGGUGGUCAGCGAUAGCACCAUCUUGAAAACGGGAUUCCUCUUACCGGGAGAGAUUGUCUCGCUUCUGACGUCCAUGAUUUCGCUCCCGAUCAUUGCCAUUUUCUUCUGGCAGCGGCUUCGGCAAGCACAUGUCAAGGCAUACACAGUGGCGUCCUGUGCACUGUUAAUGACAUACAUUUCCUCUUUUCUUUUUGUGUUUGUGCUCACUGCACUCUUACACAUCCGGUCUCGGGAUAAUACGCUAUGUGAUGCAGUAAUAUUACUUUGCGUUACGCUCUUUGUCGUGACCAAAGCCGCGACGAUCUUGUUCCUCAUCGAACGAGCAUAUAUCAUAUCCUUUCCAAUACUACCGAGAUACCAGCACCCGGAGUAUGUGCUUAGCAACCUCCUCAUCUUUGUACCUUAUGCUACAAUUGCAGGUUUGUCAAUAUAUUAUCGGGUGGCCUUUACGAAUGAGCACGGUGUCUGCAUCAUUGGAAUCCAGAUGGUCGCGCUCCUACCCCUGUUGCUUAUCGAAGUAUUGGCAUAUCUCUACCUAACUGCUCGCUUCCUGAUACCUUUACUCAUGGUCCGUUUCGGCUGGCAAGAGCUCGUCCUUCCUUUGAGAAGAGUGUUUAUCAGGACUUGCAUUGCCACCGCAGUGGCCAUGGUUUCGACGCUCGCUGUCAAGAUCUCCUUGACAAUGUUUAAUGGAGAGCCAGCCUGGCUCUGUUGUAUGACGUGUAAGAUUGAUGCACUCAUCGGCUGCACAAUGCUCCAUUGGAUGACGAAGCCAGAGGGUCAAAGUGGUAACGAGCAAGAUACCCCUCAAAUGCUGGGAAUCCAUUUCGACAAAGAGAGUUCCAGCGCGGUCGAAAGGCGACAGGAUUCUGGCACUAACAGCGUUGUCCUAAACUCCACCAGUUCAGAAAUCAAGCCAGCUUCAAGUGGAACAAGCACUGAGACAGCCACAUCCAGUGUAUAG